AGUGCUGAUUACAAUUUAAACGGAAGCAGCAGAAGAACAAUAGCUGACCGAAGGAGCGACAAUAAAUCAAGUCACGGUCGCCGGCGCUGCUAUCCGAGUCUCGGUCACAGUGUUGCUGGGGCAUUUGGGAGAGAUGGAGGCCAACUCAGCCACAUUCUACGCAUCGCUCAUCGUCAUCUUCCUCUUCGCAGUCGACUUGGCCAAAAAUGACAAGAUCCAAUUCAUCAAGCCUGCCGCAGCCGCCACCAUCAGGAGCCGUGUUGGUCGCCAAGGCCUUGAAGGACCUGGCCAUGAGUGCUCCAUCCCCCUCAACCAAACUGUCUGGUUCCUGAGAACUGGCCAGUGCGAGACGCUGCUUGCAAAGGGUCCGUGCGAAUCAGGCGAAUGGUUGGUUAUGAGUUCGGACAGGCUGAAACCCGUGUGCAAAAAAUACGAGUGCAAAUUCCCGUCGGUGCACUUCAACGGCACGUGCGUCCAGUACAAGGACAGGUCCAGGUGUCCGGGAGGAAUGCAUGUCAGUAUCACAGAGACUGGCGAAGGGGUUUGCGACUGUCAACCAGCACACGUUUACUGGAGACCCAACCCCAGCGACAAGGAGCAAUGCUACCCAUUAUUCCGUCGCGGCCCUUGUGACAAGAAUGAAUACCUCGUCUUCUCGAAACGCACCCAAAAGGUCAAGUGCACGAGAAACCCGUGUCCAGACGGACAGGUCAAGCCCAAAAGGAGCCCCGAAUGCAUUCCCCUCGACACAACCGGCGGCCCCUGCAACGACAUCCAGGAGGGCACUGUCCUCACUGUCAAUGAAACCACCAUGGAGCUCAACUGCGCCCAGCCUGUGAGGGUGUACAACAUCAUAGAGGCACCCCUGCUCAACUGUUCGCCGGGGUCACGCAGAGACGCUAAUGGAAAAUGCAGGAAGGCAAUUGGUUGAUGGCAAAUGACAGCUCAUUAAUAAUUGUAAAAUUAAGCGCGACAUUAAAAUAUAGAUUUCUCUCUUAAAAUCCCCAUAAUUGUAAAUUUUUGUAAUUUUAAAUAAAAAAUUUUUAGAAAGAAAAAAAUA